AUGCUGGUUGAGGUCCAAGCUUGCAUGAAAAGUGAUUGCUGUCCGCAGAUGGUUCGUUUCUACGGUGCAAUGUUUCGUGAAGGUGAUGUAUGGAUUUGCAUGGAAGUUAUGGACACAUCGCUGGACAAAUUUUAUCGGAGGUGCUUCGACACGGGUGGCCGCUUGCCCGAAAUGUUUAUUGCGAAAUGUGCUCUUUCGGUGGUUGAGGGAUUGAAUUUUAUGAAAGAGCAAAUGAAUCUGAUACAUCGUGACGUGAAGCCAUCAAACAUAUUGCUCAACAGACGAGGCGCGGUGAAAAUUUGUGAUUUUGGUAUCUCGGGUCAUUUAACGAAUUCGGUCGCGAAAACGGUGAAUGCAGGCUGUAAGCCUUACAUGCCGCCGGAAAGAAUUGAAGGUGAGAAGAAAGUCGCAUAUGAUGUUCGAGCGGAUGUAUGGAGCCUAGGCAUAACACUG